AAAAAACUCCACCAGUCAUUCCAAUCGCUCUUUACCACGUCGACGCCGCAAACCAUCCAUUCAAUAUGUUCUACGUCAUGUACCUGACAGGCCUUUGCCAAAGGCGCCACUGGCCCGACCCACUCUUCCAGACAUUCCGCACCCGCUACGGCUAUGGCUCGACGGUGCGAGUAAACAACCGUGAAUACUCUACAGACGUCGAAUACGAGUCGGAAGAGCUGGCAAAGAAUGCCGCCGCCACCCGAGCUUACAUGAUUUGCCGUAACUUUUCGGUAAACGAUGGCAUGUAUCCUGGACAGCGGCCCGGCGAGGGAGCUCAAGGUCUCCCGACACCAAUCGGAGCCGGUCGACGGAAUACGACUUCAUCAAACGACUACGACAGCUCGAGCACCACCAGUGGUGGCACCAGCCCCAGAAGCUCCGAUUGCGGACUCGACGCUGCGCAAGCGGCUGCGGCGGGGCGACGACCCAGCAAGGUUUCUACGAUGCAGCCUUCUGCAUCGGCGUGCCCUUGUGGACGCGGAUAUGUCCGAGCUUACGAGAUGUGCUCGGGCUGUCUCCAGGAGGCGGGCUACAGAGUCUAGAGGAUGGUAAUACAUCCAAACCACGAGCCGAAGACACGACACAAACAACAACCACUACUCAGGACUCACAAACCGAGCCACACUCGAAAUUACACCCCC